AUGGACCCUGCAGAAACGACAACAACCCCAUCGCUAUUACUCUUACUAGCACCAAUAGCACCAACACCGCCACCGCCACCAACACUCGCACUCGUCGGCCAACAGCAAGAAGACAAGAAGCAUCAAGCAACGGAAGAAGAUGCCUUCCCGAUAAAGGUCACCAUGCUGCCCAACAAGGGCCGCUCCUACGUCGCCACAAGGACAAUCCAACCUCAGGAACUGAUCUUUGUCGCCGAGGCCUUUGGAACCACCAUGUGCGACCCUUGGCUCGACUGUGGGAUAUGUCAUUACUGUUGGGCUGAGAUUCUGAACCACAAAUCUCAGAUCCGUCUCCCGUCUGCCCUACCCGCCUCUGCUACAGGAACAAGAACAGGAACAGGAACAGAGAGGGGCUCGAAGGGGCAGAAGGGAGGGAAGGGGAGGAAGAAAGAGACGGUGAUGGUGUUCUGCGACGAGACUUGUUUAGAGAUGUAUGGACCCGAGGCUGCAGAGAUGAUAUGUAGAGUCGAGGAAAAGAUCCGCAGGACGUGGAGUGAUUCCGGAAGUAGGGCUUGGAAACUCAAGAUGGAACAUUGUAAGGAGUCAAAGGCUACAGUCGGACCUGAUACGCCUUCAACAUCGUCGGCAACGACAACAACAGCACCGCAUUACUCAGAGUUGAUCGAGCAGGCCAUGGCCACCGCCGAUACCAAGGAACGGAUCCUGGAGUUGUCUGACACCGACCUUGGGUUAUUUCUGGAUACCACCUGGAGCGCAUUCGACGGCCUCAUCUCAGAACAGGAAUCGUGGAUCACCCACCCCACUACCACCACAACCGCAACAACCAAAAACGACCACCAGCACAAUACCCAGCAGCAUUCACGUACCCAAGCCCAGUGUGGGGCACUGUUCCCUAAACUGGCAAAACUCUUACUGGAGGGCAACAAUCAGGCGACCAUUGCUCCCAAGACCUCGGAUGAUGACUGUGAGACGAUUCGGCUGGUAAGUGAGAUCUUGUGCCGCCGGCAGAUCGACAUGAGGGCGGCAACUUCAGGAAUGAUGGGCGAUGGAGCUGAAGUUAGGGCGAUGUUUGAGGACUAUUGCGCCAUGCAGUCCAAUGAGCUGAUCCUGUUCCGUCAGCAGCUCCAGGAGGAUAUCCACAACCAAGAAGAGCAAUCCGACGACGACAAACAAGAACAGGAACAGGAACAGGAACAGGAAGAGCAGGGUACCCAACACCAAGAUCACAAGCACUCACUGGAGUCGAAGCACGAUACCAACAUGAGACAAUGGCGCACCCUCAUCUCAAUCCUCCCGAACCACCUCCUCAGCUGCUUUUACGCCUACCUCCGCCUCCGCGACGCCUACUUCCUCCUCUCCUGCGAAAACGUUGCUACUUCACCAUCCGAUACCCCCUCACACCAAGAACGCCAAAUCACCCUCUCAAUCGACAAUACGUUCUUCCGGACAAUCCUCUACCGCGAAGUGGCCAACUCCUUCGGAAUCCGGGACUCCUCCGAAGAACUCCUCGGAUUUGCCGUCUUCCCACGAGCCAGUUUCUUUAACCACUCUUGUCGACCCAAUAUCCAAAAGAAACGUCGCCAGAGUAGUCGUGAUGUGAAGGCGAGGCAGAUGGAGUACUGGAGUACAGGGGUCAUCAAGGAGGGGGAAGAGUGUUGUAUCAGUUAUGGAGAUAUCUCGACAGGUGUUGGGGAGAGGAGGGCACGGUCAGCUUUGGUCAUAUUGGUCAUUUAUUAA